GAGCCUUUUUCCCUUAGAAAGAUCAAAUUAACUAAACUAAACCUGGAUCGGUUUGGUUAAUUGUAUAAUCGUGUUAACCAAUAUACUAUAACGUUAUUAUUAUUAUUAUCAUUAUGUGAAAAAAUCUUAUAUUAAUGUAUCAAUCAAUUAUAUAUAUAUAUAUAUAUAAUAUAAAUCUAUAAUUAACCCUUACUAUAUUAUCUUUUUAUUUUUUUCUGUAAUUUUACUAUAAUUAUCUUACUAGUGACUAAUUAAUAAUUACUAGUUUACUACCAAGUUGCCACCUAAUUAUAAGCUUCAUUCAUCCUAACUUUCUAUCUCGACCGUUGAUUAAGAAAGCCUCCUCACCUUAUCCAUGUUUUCUCCAAAACCCAGUCUCCUCACUUCUCCCCGUCAUCCAAUGUCGCAUUUCUCUGAUCUCCCUUCGUCGAUCUGCCGGCCGCCGGCCGGGGUUCCACCCCAACGGCUGGAGAAGCAUCUGUCCGGUGGUGAUUUUCCAUGUCCCUCGACAUCUACUGUUGGCUUCACCGGCUGUGCCAAGCAGCUCUCUUCCUUUCUCCUUUUUCUUCUUCGGCGUGAAUCGGAGCACGGAUAAACCCGGCGAUUUCAUGGAGGCGGAACCCUAGCUCUUCUCUCAGUAAUCUCUUGACCGAUCCUGUUGCUUAAUUCCAAAAAAAAAAAUGGCGAAUAGUUUGAUGAUUGCAUGUCUAGUGUUCAAUUCCAUGUUCCAAUUGAUUUCCAAUUUUUUAAGUAGCUGAAUUCCAUAUUCAACUUUGAGUAUCUAAGUAGUAGAACGAGUUAUGGAGUUUCUUCAAGUUCAGAUAGUUGAUUAUGCUUCUGUUACGUCAGGUCUCCUUAAAGAGGAACACUUGCGUUGUUAGCAUGUGAGGAAAAGAUGAUGUUGGAAUCUUUGAAGUAUUGUACAGAGUGGCAAUGAUUGUCCUUGAUCGGCACUUUCUUUGGUUCCUAGGCUGCUGCUUUAGACAUUUCUCAGUGACCUGACCUGACCAGGGGUUACAUUUUUCCACAGUUGUUUGCUUGUGCGGAUGUGAGCUGGCUUGUUGCCAUUGUUCUGAGACCCACAAUCGUCCUUGUCUUGGGUGGAACAACAAAUUACGCAAAAGCUGUACUAUAUAUGAGAUGAUGCAGUACUGUGUAUAGGUAGAUAGAGCCACCAUUGCAGCAAGCAAUGGAGAUCAACCCAGCUGCUACGAAAGUCGAUGCAUCGGCUAUCUAUGAUGCAGCGAUGAGAGGCGACACCGAAACCCUGCAGGGCUUGCUCCAGAGAGACAAGCUGGUCCUCAAGAAAUUCCCGCUCUCUUCCUUCACCGAAACCCCUCUACACAUCUCGGUCCUGGCUGGCCACCUCGACUUCAGCAGGGCGCUUCUGCAUCAUAAUCCUGGGAUGGCCAUGGAAGGGGACGCGUCCAAUUGUACCCCGCUUCACUUGGCUUCUGCUGCUGGCCACACCGAGAUCGUCGGGGCUUUGCUGAGUGCUGAAGGAGGCUCGGAUGCUUGUUUGGUUCGCGACGAGGAUGGCAGGAUUCCUCUUCAUCUGGCGACGAUGAGAGGCAGAAACGAUGUCGUCAGAGAACUGGUCGGUGCGAGGCCUGAGUCGUUGUUGGUGAAGCUAGAAGAUGGAGACACGGUUCUGCACUUCAGCAGCAAGAGGGGUAUGAUUGAAUCCAUCAUCAGGUCGGGAGAUGGAGAAGGGAACACCAUUUUGCAUGCAGCUGCCAUGUUCAAACAGGUUCAGACCACAAGUUACCUAACUUCACUACCUAGCAUGGGAGCAGCAGUGAAUUCUUUGAACGGGUUUGGCUCCACAGCCUUGGAUUGCCUAGAGCUGUCUCCCAAAGACUUCAAGAGCCUACGGAUCCGAGACCUUCUGGUGGAUGCAGGCGGUAAAAGAGCCAAGGAGUUGACGACUUCCACUUAUCAUCAUCAUCAUCUUCCACCACCAAAUCCUUCACUACCGAUAUCCCCCGCCACCAAUAAGUGCUGCAAACCAAUCAAGUCGAUGUGCCGGCGGUUCAAGAAGUUCCUGCAGUACGAUACCGAGUGGAUCAAAGAUAUGAAAGGAACUCUCCUGAUCGUGGCCACCAUCAUAGCACAAAUGAGCUUCCAAGCUGCAAACAACCCACCAGGUGGCGUGUGGCAACAGAACUUCAAUAGCCCUACUGAGGGCUUCCGCUGCAACGCAACCCACGCGUGCACAGCCGGGACUUCAGUUCAUGCUUACACCGAGACAGAUUUCUACUAUUAUUUCAUGGGACUGAACACGGUGGCAUUUGGUGCAUCUCUGUGUGUCAUCCUUUUGAUCGUCGGCGGGUUCCCUCUGAAGAACAAGUUCGUUAUCUGGCUACUGGCUCAGGCUAUGUGCACAGCCCUUGAUUGUAUGACGUUUGCUUUUGUAAUUGCUGCAUAUUUGGUGUCUCCGACUAAGGAUGAUAUACGUUCUUGGAUCGCGGUGAUAACGGUGAUUCUUCUGGCAGUCUUGCUGCUGGCUUCUCUGGUGAUUACUCUGCUCGACACACUUCGUAUUGUUAUCUGGAGUUGGAGCAAAUUGUGGAAGGUCGGAGCAAGAGCAUCGAGCUGCUGUUGUUUAAGGGAGGAGCAGAGCUACAAUGCUGUCUAAAGCAUGGUUUUAUUAAGCUGUACUAGCAUGAAUGGUUCUCUGUUUCCGGGGAUUCUCUGUUUUUUAUGUCUUCUGCCAAUUCUUGUGUGGGUAUAAUAUGGGUAAAGGUCCAAAAGUCCAACUCUUUUGGGUAGAAUAAUGAAAUAUUCACUAUGUGGUUCAGGAUCAUAAAUAAUAUAAAUAGACCGGGAAUGAGAGAAUAUCCACCAUACCUUAAUUUUGAAUCUUAACGAUUAACCUUUAACAAAAGAUACUUCUAAUUGUUUAUUCUCGCGAUAUGUUCCUUUCAAUAUCAAUUUUUGUAUCACGUCAAAACUCUUCAUACUACCUCAAAAAGAACACAUCAGGAGUCUAUUACUCAAAUCUGACGAACAAUUUCUAAGAAAACCAAAGGGCUAGAUGCAUGAAUACAUAUAAUAUAUAUGUGGGAUCGUACUCGUAUCCAUCUUGAUCAACACAUACAAUGGCAGUGAUGGCCUCUAGAGGUGUGCUUGCAGAGUGCACCUUUACACUCCUGAAUGCAGAAUUCGUAGCAGUUCCCACCAGGAGCAUCGUUCUUUCCAGGACGACACUCUCCCAUAUGAUAAUACUCCCUGCAACAUAUCGAGUCGGUCGCGUUGCCAGGAUGUUUCCCGACAAAUCGAGUGCCCGUGACGCUGUUGCUGGUAAAAGCCACCAACAUCGCCGCCAGUAGCAUUACAAGGCACCCAACUCUUAAUCCUCCACUAGCCAUACUAAUAAUCAGGAAUGUUAAAUCUUAGUUCUAGUUCCAAUUCAGGUUUCAAUUUGGCUUUGGUAUGUUUACUACAUUGAGACCAAAAAAUGGGUAUUUAUAGGGUUUCAAUUGGUAAGGAGUUGGGAAGAAAGUAAAUAUUGGGAAAAAGGGAAUCUUUCAAUUUUGGUCAAGUCAUGGAGAGGGUUUAAUUACAGUGUGUUAUAUAUAGAAACGUAACGUUGCUUGGAAUAAUGUGGAAAACGUAUUAGCUUAAUUGCAAAUUAUUAUACUAAUACUAAUAAAGAGUCAAAGAAGAAAAAAAAUUGGUAACAUAUUAGAAGUGGUAAUAGUAUUUGGGUUGACCGUUAUCCGCAUAAUUUGUCAAAUGACGAUUUAAUGUAGGUAACUAGGUAUUAAUACUAUCAAUACUCUUUAUUUAUCGAUAAAUACGACCUACGAUGUAGAUAAGAGGUAACGACGAUGAAGUGAAUACCAUAAUGACAGUCGGAAUGAGAUUAGAAUUUAGGAAAUGUUGUGUGAAAGGAAUUCUUAGCUCCAAUUUUGGUUGGACGCAGAAACUAAAAUCAUUCACAUGUUAGUUUGUUAUUGGUGUACUUACCUUUUUUUCUUAAUAUUUAAUGUUCUUAAUUAUGUUAAAUAAAUUAAGAAUUAAAAUAUAAAAAAAAGACGAACUCACUAAUAGAAAACUGACAUGUGGCUGUGAUUGGUUGGAGCUUCUAUGAAGCUAAGAAUUUUCCAAUAAAAAUUGAGUUGAAUUUAAAUGGACAUGUAUUUUUAUUAGUUUUGGAUUGAGUUAAAUUUGAAUUGAAUAAACUCAUUUUGGUCAGAUUCAAAUGGUUCUAUUUGACUCAAAUGAAAAGUUGUCAUCAAAAUCAAUAUAGUAGGAAGAUAAAUGUAAACUACGAAUUAGUAUCCAAUUUAAGCCUAAGGCCUCGUUUGCUUCAUGGAAUUGAUCAUGAAUUUGGUACUUAAAAACCAAGUAUCAUGGACUUUGUACACUAUCCGUCGUUUGCUUGAUAGAUUUAGGAGGAAUAAUUCGUGGGGCCCAUAGACUUUGAGGGUCCAAAUCCGUGAAUCCCGCGGACUUGAGAAUUCCACCCCAAGAGGUGGGAUUUGUGUUGGGUACAAAGUCACGAUGACUUUUUACAAUUUUAACCCUACUUAUUUCACUAAUCACCUACUCGUCCUCUUUCAUUUACUAAUAACCAAUUUCAUUUACUAAUUACCAACUUGAAGUGCAUAUUAAAUUUGCAUUCAAUAU